CCCGCCACCCCCGCAAUGGAAAUAUCUUGUUAUUUGUGGCGGUAUAUCCCCCUAGGGUCGUAAUAAACCGAUGCCGGGUCUCGGAAACUGGAACAUGGAUUUAAAGCAAUCGAACGCUAGUUUCGGGGAGAUCAUGUCUUUCAUGGGAGAGAAGAAAAAUGAGAACGAGAAAGAUUGGAAAUCGACCAUUCGCAACAAGAUUGAAAACGACAUAGAUAGCCAAGUUAAAGAGGCUCUUGAACCCCCUCCAGUGGAUCGAAGAUGGGUUGAAAGAAAAAAAGCAAAUCGACAAAAAAAGUUAAGAAAUCUCCAGAUCAUGAAGUUGAAUACGCUCAAUCACCAUGGUCACGCUCCAGUGUUCACACGAUUGUCUGAAGAGACAUCUAGUGAGAGAGGUUUCAAGUAUAUUGACGUCAACUACGCUGAGAAAGUUGCUGCUCUUUCCACAAAUCGGAAAUAUGAGAAAUUCUCCAACAAAGGGUUGCCAGGUUAUGAUUUUGCAAGAAGGAAUGGACUUUUCAAGUAUGGCGCUCCAAUGCCUUCAAAUUCUUCGACCAAUAACAUGAAAGGAGGGCUGGAUAUCACCUUACUGGACACAUCACCAUCAUCUAUAAAUUUUCUGAGUUUGCCGAAACAUGAUGUUCAGAAUAACUUGAGGCCCAUUGGACAAAAUGUUGGUGUAAUUACAUUCAAUGGAAUUUCUCUCCCUAACUAUGGACCGAAGAGAAGAUGCUUUCAGGCUUAUUCCAAAGAUGGCAUGCUGAAUCUUCUCAACUCAAGAAACCGUCGCGCUAAACUGAGUCACAUCGGACAAGGAAACUACGAAGAUAAACGAGGAGUCGUGAUGAGUAAACAUGGACCUUUCUGGCCUCCGGGAUAUGGCCCUGUAUGCAAGUGCCCAUUAUUCAUUGACGAUUGCAAAAAGAGAGAAGUAUUCGGACCAAAAUUAGAAAGUAGUAUGGUUCUCUGUACUGAAAGGCAAAAGAGUGUUCACUUCGAAAGUCAGCGGCGUUUUGCUAAGAAUACAAGAAACUUAGAUACAACGUAUGCACAUAAGCAUGAUUAUGUGUCAUUUAUGAACAUUGGGAACACUCAAAUUCCAGUAUCUUUAAAGGAACGCACUCCUAGUUUACCAGUUCUUGCUUCGGUGCCUCUUGGAAAGAAAUUCAAUCAUAAAUUUUGGGCUCGACAAGGAGGGAAUUGUAAUAGUGCGGCAAAACGUUUUACCGCUUCUCAAAACAACUGUGAAACUGAUUUUAGUAACUUGCCUGAUACUGCACAAAAAGAUCUGAAACGCUUUCUUGACCUAACCCCAAAAGAAUUCAAAAACUGGCCAAAUUUGAAAAACAUUCCCAAAACGCCAAAAUCAAGUUACGCACGUCGACAGAAUCAACUUAAAACAAAAUUCAGAGAAGAUUUACUUCCAUAUCUAGUGUAUAGCAAACAUAAGCCUCCGUUUGGGGGUAAAUUUCAGCCAGGGGGUCACUUGUUACCCCGUAGCAUGUUCUGGCCAGCAUUAAACACUGAUCUUUUUCUACCCAACCGUCCAAAAUGGCCAAGGGAACGCUGUUUAUUUGUGAAAACUCCUAAAAUGUUGGAAUCCGUGCCCCAUACUACAGAAGGUCUUUGGGAUAUUGAACCAAGAAAGAAAACGCAUCCCUCUCUCAAGAUGCAAGCUAGCGGUGCUUCCACAACUUUUGGAAGAUCGGUUGCCAACAAUAUGGAAACAAAAUGGCGUCAAUUACAUCAGCAACAAGGAGACGGCAGACAUUUUAUGUCCAAUAACAACAACGGAUCAGAAACUUCAAGAUCUUUGAGAUCUGAACGUAAUCACCCAACAAUCGGAGAAUUUUAUUCAAAUGACAACAGCGAUAAUCGCCAUAGAAACCAUCACCAUGGUGAUAAACUACAAAAUGUAAACAACAAAGAACAGAAGCAAUGGCGAGGCAAGCCUGUGAUCUAUGAUUGUGAGCGUUCAUCUCGAGCUCCUUUACCUCACGCAAUACCUCACGGAUUCCCCGAAUCUCUCAUCUUCGAGUCAAGAUUUGAAUCUGGGAAUCUAAGACAAGUUCGGAGAAUUGGUGAAUUUGAAUACGAACUUGUUCUCCGAACCGACAUGUAUACAAAACGACACACCCAGUGGUAUUAUUUCAGAAUCCAGAACGCGCAACGAAACGUUACUUAUAAAUUCAACAUCAUCAAUUUCCUGAAGAAGGACAGUUUGUAUAAUUACGGAAUGAAACCGCUUAUCUACUCUGAAAACCUGGCAACAGAGAAAAAGUUGGGCUGGCACAGGAAUGGUGAAAACAUCAAAUAUCUUCCAUGGACGAAUCCUACAAGAAAUGGACUUUUAUCGUUGGAUUUACAGUAUUAUAACUUAGAGUUUGAGGUGACCUUUGACUGGGAGAAUCUUGAAGACGACAAUAUAUACUUUGCACAUUGCUAUCCGUACACAUACACAGAUUUGAAAAGGCAUUUGGACAAUUUGAUGGCUGAUCCUGACCAAUCUCGACACGUAAAGCGAGAAGUCUUAUGUGAGUCUACGGCGGGAAACGCUUGCUUUCUGCUUACAAUCACUGAAUUCCCAGACAAGGAGAAAGAUAAAUAUAAAGACUUCCAUCAGGAAAAGAAAGGUGUUGUUGUCACAGCUCGAGUCCAUCCCGGGGAAUCUCAGGCCAGUUGGAUGAUGAAGGGAGUUAUUGAUUUCUUGACUUCGGAUUGUUUGAAAGCAAAGUUACUGAGAAAGAAAUUUGUUUUUAAAGUUGUUCCAAUGCUGAACCCAGAUGGAGUAAUUGUAGGCAACUACAGAACAUCACUGGCUGCAAGAGACUUGAACCGCAAUUACCGACAUCCGAGACAAAUGACGUUUCCAACUAUAUGGCACACAAAACAAAUGGUGGAAUCAUUCAGUAAAGAUCAUGAGAUCAUCCUGUAUUGUGAUCUGCACGGCCACAGUAGGAAGCCAAUGGUCUUCAUGUAUGGAUGUGAAAGGAAAGCUCUAUAUACUGGGAAGAAUAGUAAAAAUGUUGAUCCCGAUGACCGAAGUCCGAGAGAUUGUGCAAAAGAUUUUAUUGAAGAAAGAUUGUUUCCGUGGUUGAUGCAUAAAAGAUCACCUGAAAGAUUCUCUUUCCAUGGCAGCAAAUAUGCGGUAAGAAAAUGUAAAGAAUCAACGGGACGUGUUGUCAUGUUUAGACAAUUUGGGAUUUCUAAUAGUUUUACUCUCGAAGCCUCAUUCUCAGGGACAAUGCAGAAAAAAUGGGAUUCUGGGCGGCAUUUCAACAUUGAGGAUUUUCUCUCAAUCGGUCGUUCUCUCUGCGAGAGUGUUUUAGAUUACGAGAGAGUUUUAGACAACCCGCUACUUAAAUCAAGGCUUGUGAUGGAGUUGACUAAGGACUUGGCACAACAUAUGAUGGAAACAAAUCCACAAAUAAUGCAAAACCCAACAACAUCAGCUCCUGCCACUCAGCAGCAAUCUUCUACAAUAAGCAGUGAAACUGGCAACAGUAAAACCAAAAGUAUGGAUAAAGAAUCCAAGAGUCCAAAACAGCAAAGAGACCCAAAACGUCCAAUUGCCCUUCGUGCUUCUGAUGAUGAAGAGGGAGGGAAACAGAAUGGCAGUAAACAACCAAUCAAACAGCAGAACAAAGCUGGAGUAACAGGUUCCACAGACAAAUCAAUACUGAAAUCAACUCAAGAAACUGAAACUUCUAUUCCUGGACCUCCUGAAGAGAUGAAGGAAGAGGCUGAAAACCAGGAAAAUGAAGAGAAAUCUUCUGAAUUAGAUGAAAAUUGUUUUAGAUUGUUGGAGCAAAUUAAUUUUAAGGAAAUAGCCAUUGAAUCAGACACAAGUUCUGACAGCGACAGUGAAUCGGAACCAGAAAUGCCUGAAGAGCAACCAAGUUCGAAUCGGCAGAAAAAGAAGAAAAAAAGGAAGAGAAGGCCGAGAUAUAUGAAGUCCAUCUCUGCACCUCUGCCUGCUAAUUCCAAGAAAGGAGAAAACAAGGACGAUCAGAGAACUAAGGCCUACCCUACAUUUGUGAACCGGUACACACACAGAAGCAAUGGAGGGAUUCCUAUCUACGCACAAGAACGAAUGCAGGAGAGAGCAGCAAGAAGACUUGCAGAAAUGAAACUUGCAGAAGAAGAAAAGAUCAGAAGACAGAAUGAGAUCAUGCUUGGAAAACUGGAUGAAAAUGGAAUCGGGGAUGCUGAAACGAGGGCAAGAUAUGCAGAAGUUUACGGGAUUCGAUACCAACUGGGAAAUCAUCCUAAUAAGCCGCAAUAUACCCUCUACAACCCAUUCCAAGAUAUGUCACCACCUAGUGGACAAAGUGAAUCCGGAUUUCCCUAUCAGACGCCAUACAGGGUUAAACAUGACGCCAAGAUGUAUCAUGUCCAGCAUGGGGGUGAACCAAUGGCUGAGGGGAGCGAAAGUAGCAGCGGUGGAAGCAGGCAGAAUUCAGCAGGCUCUGAGCCUGGUAAUCAGCAGGGUGAAGUGAACAGUUCUGGGGAGGAAAAGCCCGAAAAAAUUCAUUCUCGAACUGUCGUUCCGUUACACACAAUGUCAUUUAAAUUUGCUGGUGAAGGAAGGCAACCCAGCAGCACAAGCCUAAAAUCACUCAGCCGUGACUGGAUGACAUCAUCAUAUGAAGACAAACUUUUAAAUUCAGUCAAAGAAUGGCAAUUUGAAAAGUCCGGCUUAGAACGGUCGAAAACAUUCGAUUCUUCGAUAAACUUCGCCAAUAAAGGACAAAAUUUUGAGGAAAAAAUGUCAAAAAUUGACAUUGGAGCUGAUUUUCAUAAACAUUUCGGGACAAAACCUCAUAAAAAGCAAAAACAAUACACAGAUAAUUCCUCAGUGCUUUCUUCUGCCUCUCCUCCCCCACACGGCGACGUUUUUACUCCGAAGAAUAUAACUCGUUAUGAAGUUGUGAUCGGACAAACAAGAUACCCGAUACAUAUACACAGAAAUCGGACUGAAGCAUCAAGCCCUCCGAUGAUCACAGGGGAAUCGAUUUUAAACCAGAAGCUGUCAGAACCCAAUUCUGCAUCCACUAUAGGGCACAAGAGAGCACAAUCUGCCGAAAUCAUUCAAAAUGGCAACCCUGAAGAAGAAUUUUUCCUUCGCAAGCAUUCAAUCGAGGACAAUAGCCAACCUAGUAGUACAGAGUCACAUCGCAGUAACGAACAAAAUUCUGCAGUCUCAAAAAACCAUAGAAAAAGCGACUCCGAAUUUUUAUCGAAAUCCAACGGACUUAUAUUUGCGCUUCACAAAGUUAAUGUAGUGUCUCCAUCCAAGUCUAACUCAGAUGAUGUACACUUGGGGGCGCUCAAAAAUACUCCCUACCCCCCAAAAAGAGCGUCCACUCUGUUUUCACCGAUCGUUAAACCUCUCAGUUCUAUGUCAAAUAGACGAACAUUCUCAGUUUCCACAGAUCCCGAUUUUAAUAUCAAUUCAGCGAGAUGAAGUGGAUGGGGAAGUCCCCUCCCACAGCUGUUUCCUAACUUAUUACAGAAGCCAAACAAAUUUUUUUAAUUGAAUUAGCAAAAUUUCAGAUUCCCAAAUUUUGAACACAUCCUGAAAUAUUCUUUUUGAAUAUGGAAUAUUGAAUAGGAACUUGCUAACUUCACAUAAGGUACUGUUUUGCUAAAUGUGGAUUGCUUAGAAUCCACAGCACUAAAGAUCUUUAACUCAUUUCAAUUUGCCAAUUUUAUGAGAAACCUAGAUACACAUUUUUUUCUGUCAUUUGAUUAAACCAUCUUUUCAUAUUUCCUCUCUUCUAAAAUGAAAUAUUUUGAAUCUUGUUAUGGUAUUUCAAAAUGGGUCUGUUUUACAAAAAAUCCUUAUAAAUUCAUUAAUAUAAUUAAUUAUAUAAUCAUUAAUAAAAUAAAUUCAAUAAGACCAUUAUAAAUUCGUAUAAAUCAAUAUUUUGUCGAUCCUAGGAUAAUAAAUGCUAAAAAAACAUCUUCCAAUGAAAACAUUUAAAUUCUCCCUAAAAUCAAACAUUUACUAAAUCGAAUAUAUCAAUUUUCAACGUAUUUAAACGUUAGAUUAGUUUUUGACAUCCUCAACCAUGCACCAAUACUAGUUCCCAACUCCCGUACAGGCAACCUAAAACAGAACAGAAAAACAUCCCCGAAAUCCCGCAGCUGCUCAGACAAUACGCUGAAAUAAUUAUUUGGACCAUCUGAAGUAUGCGCGCUAAGAUGGCGCACAACCUGAACUCAGGUUGGGGAUCAGGUUGUGCGAAAUGUUGCUGCGCAUACUUCAGGAGUACCUAUUAUUUUAAACUCUAAUCUGGACUGCCAACUAAACAAGAUUCAAUAUUUUUCAGGCGCACGUCGGGGGUUAUCUGCCCCGGGUAGUACAUUGUGGGGGUCAGUUUGAGGAUUUGAAUAAUAUGACCCUUAGUUUAUUUAUUCUCAUCUAUAAAUUUGUCUAUAAAUAUGAGUUGGGUUUUCAGAGCAUCAGUAUCAAACUUGCCAGUGCAGUAGGAAAGUUUGACACGCCCCCAGCUUUUUGGGCCCAAUAUUACCUAUUAAAAGUGUUACUCCAGACUUGCAUUUGGACAGGUGGGUUUGAUUGGAUUUACGUAAUAAUUAAAAUACACAAUGUCUUCAACUAUUUCUUUGUCGUUAAUGCGUGGAAGGAAAAAACAAAUUCUGACCUUUGACCUCCGAGAUCUAAAAAAAGGGCUCCAGUCCACACGAUCUUUUUCUUUAAAUUUUUCUUGAAAUGUUGAUUUAAAAUCUAUAUUGUAUGAGGAAAUUUGAUUGUUGCAUUUUUUUUUACUUAAGAGCAAGUGACAUUUUUAUAUAACUAAUUUAUUUUGUUAAAUAAAUAUUCAA